UGCAAUUCUCUCUCCUCUUUGCGUCACCCUCCAAGAUGCCGACCAGAACUAGGAAGACCAGAAAGCUCCGAGGGCACGUCAGCCACGGCCACGGCCGUAUCGGCAAGCACAGAAAGCAUCCUGGAGGUCGUGGUAAUGCUGGUGGUAUGCAUCACCACAGAAUCAACUUCGACAAAUACCACCCAGGCUACUUUGGUAAGGUGGGUAUGAGACAUUACCAUCUGAAAAGAAACACCAUGUUCUGUCCAACUAUCAACUUGGACAAGCUCUGGACAUUGGUCAGUGAGCAGACCAGACUCAACUAUGCCAAGAAGCCAGAAGGUCCUGCGCCCAUCAUAGAUGUUGUCCGCGCUGGCUACUUCAAAGUGUUGGGCAAAGGCAAACUCCCUAAGCAACCUGUCAUUGUGAAGGCCAAGUUCUUUAGCAGAAAGGCUGAAGAAAAAAUCAAGGGAGCAGGUGGAGCUUGUGUACUGAUGGCAUAAGUGCUUUUUACCAUCUUUUGCAAGAAUAAAAUGUUCUGUAAAAGUU